CCAGACACCAGCGGCGAAAAAGCCUCCGAGGACCGCUUCCGCUUCCGGCUUGACCUCCGGCACCUCCGCUCCCCGACGGUCGCUGUCGCUCAGGCUCCGUUACCUUGAAAGCCGCAUUUGCCAAUAGCCGGCGCGGCGCGGUUUCCGUAGGAGACGCUGUCGGGCCGAGUACACGGCCCCGCCCGACAGUGGCUCCGAGUGCGAGCCGCCAUCUUGCAGGCGCGUCCACUCCGGGCGGCGGAGGAAGGGGCCUCCCGCGGGCUUUCGCGGAGCCGAGGCGCCGGUCGCGGUAGCCUCCUGGGAGCAAGGAGGUGUGCGCUCCCGUGGCUGGGGCUGUGUUGUAUUUAGAAAAGCCUGUUUGCCUUUCGGGAUACGCCGCUCGGCUGAGAGUUAAUUACCUGCCGGGAGAACCCCCCGGGGAUGAGGGGAGCCAGGGAGGGAAAAGCACCAAAUCACUAAGGCCCGAGGGCCGACGUCCUCCACGCUACGGCUGAAUCCGGGGAGAAAUCAUCCGCGGCCGAGGGGGGAAGGGAGGACAGCACCGUCUGCCUUUUGGAGACGCCCUCGGGGACCACGUGGAGCCCGUUCCCGGGCGACACCGCCGGCAAAAGAGAUGUCAGAAUGGGCAGUCCGCUGCUGGAGGGGAUCCCUUUUGCUGUUUUUUAUGAGUUGAGAGGAAAAAGCAAGAUGAUCAGUUGGGAAGAUUCUCCAAGAGCUCAGAUUGCCCACGGCUACUUCUACUUCCACUAUGCACAGGAAAUGUGUGACUCCCAGGGACUGGCAAUGUCCAUGGAGGAAGUUCUCUCCUGUGGAAGUCUAACUUGGAGACGGCGCUUGGAUCUGGACAGCCCCUUGCAGUGUUAUGAAGAGGGGAGCAAGGUUAUUGGCUUAGCCCAGGUUUACGCGCCUGCAGGAAAUCGAAAGACCAGGCGCCAUCUUGUGUGAGCCGACUCCUUCCGGACUACAUUUCCCAGUGGCCCCCGCAGGAACAGGGCCACUCCUUCACUCGCUUGCCUGACCCUCGGCCUCCCGGGAAGGGUAACUGCAAGCUCUGCACUUCUCAGAUAGGUCCCCAAAGGAGAAAGGAGGACUGGCAGUUGACCAAGCCAAGUAAAAGGGCUUCUCCUAAACUGAGGAUGACCGAGGCAUAGUUUAACUUCCUGUUAUAGACUGAAGACUAGUACAAACAAUAAGAGAAUUCAAAAAGGAAAACAGCCCCGAAGAGGACUGAUCGUCUCCUGCAAUACUGAAAGCCAUGGCCCAGGGCUCAGUGGUGUUUAGUGAUGUGUCUGUAGACUUCUCGCAGGAGGAGUGGGAGUGCCUGGACCCUGGUCAGAGGGACUUAUACAGAAAUGUGAUGUUGGAGAACUAUAGCAGUCUGCUGUCAGUGGGACUUUACAUUCCUAAGCCUCAAGUCAUCUCCUUGUUGGAACAAGGGAAAGAGCCCUGGAUGGUUGGCAGAGAGCUGACGAGAGGCCUGUGUUCAGAUCUGGAAUCAAUGUGUGAAAACAAGUUACUAUCUCUGAAGAAGGAAGUUUAUGAAAUCGAGUCAUGCCAGAGGGAGAUAAUGGGGCUUACAAAGCGUGGCCUUGAGUACUCCAGUUUUGGAGACAUUUUGGAAUACAGAAGCCGCUUUGAGAAACAACUGGGAUAUCAACGUGGGCAUUUAGGCCAGGACGCGUUCCCUCAUGAACACAUGCCUGUGUUUACUCCACAGACAUUCUUCACUCUACAUCAAAUAAUUAAUGAUGAAGAGAAGCCCUAUGAAUGUAAGAAAUGUGGAAAGGUCUUUAGUCAGAAUUCACAAUUUAUUCAACAUCAGAGAAUUCAUAUUGGUGAAAAGUCUUAUGAAUGUAAGGAGUGUGGGAAAUUCUUUAGUUGUGGCUCACAUGUUACUCGACACCUGAAAAUUCACACUGGUGAAAAGCCCUUUGAAUGUCAGGAGUGUGGGAAGGCCUUCAGUUGUAGCUCAUACCUCUCUCAACACCAGAGGAUUCAUACUGGUAAGAAACCCUAUGAAUGCAAGGAAUGUGGAAAGGCCUUUAGCUAUUGUUCAAAUCUUAUUGAUCAUCAGAGAAUUCACACCGGUGAGAAACCCUAUGAAUGUAAAGUAUGUGGGAAAGCCUUUACUAAGAGCUCACAGCUUUUUCAACAUGUGAGAAUUCAUACAGGUGAGAAACCCUAUGAAUGUAAAGAAUGUGGCAAAGCCUUCACUCAGAGCUCAAAGCUUGUUCAGCAUCAGAGAAUUCACACUGGCGAGAAACCCUAUGAGUGCAAGGAAUGUGGCAAAGCCUUUAGUAGUGGCUCCGCACUUACUAAUCAUCAGAGAAUUCACACUGGGGAGAAACCCUAUGAUUGUAAGGAAUGUGGGAAAGCUUUUACUCAGAGCUCACAACUUCGUCAGCAUCAGAGAAUCCAUGCUGGUGAGAAACCCUUUGAAUGUCUUGAAUGUGGGAAGGCCUUUACUCAGAACUCACAACUUUUUCAACAUCAAAGAAUUCAUACAGAUGAAAAACCAUAUGAAUGUAAUGAAUGUGGAAAGGCCUUUAAUAAAUGCUCAAACCUUACACGACAUCUGAGAAUUCAUAGUGGUGAAAAGCCCUAUAACUGUAAGGAAUGUGGGAAGGCAUUUAGUAGUGGCUCAGAUCUCAUUCGUCAUCAGGGAGUUCAUACUGAUGAAUAAUAAAAGCAAAAGCUCUUGUCACUUUCCUAAUAUUUUAAACAAAAAGAAAUUCAUGUUUGAUACUCUUUCACU